AUAGAGGCAAGAGAGCUGGUAGGUCAUUAAGAAAAAAAAACCAUAUCAACGUAAACAAAGAUUGGAUACUGGAGGAGUCUAAAAAAUAUUUUCAAAGAUAACUGCUUUAGUGUGGUCCGACUUCAAAACCUAGAAGGGAAGUCAUUUCGUUGUCACGUGUCUGAAACACAGUUUUGAAGAUUUUUGGAUAGAGGGAGAAAGAUGUUUGGCGACUCGGAAUAAUAUACAUGGCUUUUAUUUUAUUUCUUGCAGAUAUGCCACAUUCAUCUGACACAAGUAAUAAGUAAGUGAAGCGGAUAUGACUCAUAAGGUGGAGUUGGGGAGGGGAGUAUCCGGGUCGCGAACUGUAUAAAGACUCAAUGCCGGGUACUUCUCGGUUAGUGUAGGUUCUGAUCGCCAGAUGAAAAAUGCAUCGGUCAGCAUCCUUCGCCUUGUUGGCACGGCUGUGGUUCUGUUUCUGCUGUCGUCGUCAGCCGACGCCAGAGUAAAACGACAGAAGAGACAAGCAACAAUCAGCUCAAACUGCUACAGUCCCACCGGCGGUGACUGUUACUGGUACAGAGACUGUUUGGAGAAGAGGGUCCCUUGCCAAGGUACAUCAGACAACUAUGCUAUUGCAUAUGGCGAGAAGUUCUGUAACCUGUAUGGCAGUAACUAUGGCAAAUUCUCUUCUCAGGGCAAGCAAUGGGUCGACGCAGUUCGCAAGUGUUUACAGGUCAAACUGGUUCCCAUUCUCCGCGCAGCAUCGCCAUGCAACGAGAUAAAGUCAACGGCGUUCGAUUCGCACGUGCCCUGUUAUCUGACACCAGAUGGUGGGGCUCCGGGACUUUGCGAUCUUCAAUUGGCAGACAUUGGAGUCAUCAAAGAUAUUGUCAUCCGUGCCAUGGGCUCAGCGUUUUGGGACUCUUUAAAAGGAGAACUAAGGGUCGCCAUUAGCGGAGGGUGCUUUUUCAAAUUACUGGCAGCUCUCUCUUAACUUCAACUCGUAAAUUUAUUUGCCAUAGGGAUUAGGCACGGAGUUUCUAUCAUCUUGCAGCAAACCAGUGCCUUUUGCAUGCAACCAUAAUCGGCAUCAAACAUAAUCCAAUAAAACAAAACU